UCAUAGUGCACGAUUAAUUUUAUAUCUCAAUAUUGAUUAAAUAAAAUAAAUUUGGAGAAAGUUACUCCUAUAUCGAAUCCAAAACUGAAUCUCUGAUAUUCGUGGCAAGUACCUUGAACACUAGAGAUUUGUACCAACUGGUGUUGAUGGUCACAUGUACAAGCUCGAAUUUUUAAUAAAAUCUAAAUCUGUAAGAUUUAUCUGUAAAAUAUUAAAGAUCUUUCGGUAAAAAUGGCUUUAAUUAAAUUUAUUUUGAUUUGUACAAUAUUAAAAUCUGUGAAUAGUGCAAAUAUAUUAUUUUUAUCGCCAUCACCGAUGUACAGUCACAGUGUUAUUUAUUUUCCAAUAAUUCGUGAAUUAUCAUUACGUGGCCAUAAAGUUGUAUCAAUAAUACCUGAUUUAAUUAACGAUCCAAAAUUAAUAAAUUUAACAGAAAUCGAUAUCCAUGACGAAGCAUAUAAACUAGCAAAUCAAGCUUUGGACAAUGGAUUGGAUAGAUUACUCAAUGAUUGGCGAUUUGAUUUAUAUGAAUGGUAUCAUGAUUUUUCGCAUAAAAUAAUGGAUGCAUAUUUCCAAUAUCCUGACGUACAAGAAAUAAUACAACAUCCAGAAAAAUAUCAUUUUGAUCUUGUUAUCACAGAAUGGUUAACUUAUCAAUCUGUAAUUGCAUUUGCUGAUUUAUUUAAAUGUCCAUUAAUUGGAAUAUCAUCGUAUACAAUUUUUUCACAUAAUCAUGAAGCAAUUGGUAAUCCAACACAUCCAAUUUAUCAACCAAACGCAUGGAAUCUUCGUAGAGAUCCAUCAUCAUUUUGGGAUCGUGUUAUGAGUGUUUAUACUAGCAUUAAAACUCGAAUAUAUUAUAAAUAUUUUGUUUUACCAAAACAAAAUUAUUUAGUGCAGAAGAAUUUUGGUGACCGUGUGAAUCGAAGUAUUGAAGAAAUGGAACAAGAUGUUAGUUUAGUUUUGACAAAUACACAUCCGAUUAUACAUGGAGCGUAUCCAAAAGUAGCAAAUUUUAUUGAGUUUUUUGGAAUACAUAAACCAAAAUUUGUACCAUUGAAUAAGGAUAUACAGUCAUAUUUAGAUAGUGCCCACAAUGGAUUUAUAUAUUUUAGUCUUGGCUCGAAUGUUAAAAGUUAUCACUUAAGUGACAAAAUACUUAAGACAAUGGUUAAUGUAUUUAAAAAGUUGCCAUAUAAAGUCAUAUGGAAGUUGGAACUUAGAAGUUUAAGAGAAAGAUUAUUGAUUGCUAAUCAAACAAAUAUUUAUGUUUCAAAAUGGUUACCACAACGUGCAAUUUUAGAGCAUCCAAAUAUAAAGUUAUUCAUAACACAAGGAGGACUCCAAUCAACAGAAGAAGUUCUUCGCAGUCCUCGAAGAGUGCCUUUAAUAAUCAUACCAUUUUUAUGCGAUCAAAAUAUCAAUUCAGGAAGAUUUGAACAACUUGGUUUUGCAAAACGUUUAUUAUUAUCAGAAAUAACCGAAGAACAUUUACAAAAAACUAUUCACGAAGUGAUGACAAAUACCAGGUACAAAGAAAGUAUUGCCGAAAUAGCGAACAUGUUAUGGGAUCAACCGGACAAUCCGUUGGAUCGUGCUAUUUGGUGGAUUGAAUAUGUUAUACGGUAUAAAGGUGCUAAAUAUUUACGGAAUCCUGCAUUGAACGCAACUUGGAAUGAAGUUUAUCUUUUUGACGCUUAUUUAUUUAUUUUUUGUAUUAUAGUAUUUUUUAUUGUAACUCUGUAUCUUAUCUCUAGAAGAUUAAUAGUUUUUACUAAAUCAAAAAUAUCUCUAGACUCAAAGAAAAACGUCUAAAAAAUAUUAAAUAUUGUUUUGUUAAUAGACUUUGA